CAUCAUUUGGAUUCAAGACGACCGUUCGAUUCCUGUACAGGAGAUACACAAACCACCACCAUCAUGCACACAUAGCACGCGACACACCCUCUUCCACCACACCUCCCAGGCGGAGCGGCGGCGAACGAGCGGCCAUGGCGGACGAUCACAAAUACCAACAAUACGCCAACAUUCCCAUUCCGACAUACGACGAAGCGACCUCCUCUCGACCCUCCUCCUCCCAACACAACCGCGGUCCCGGCGAAGUCAGCGACGAUGCGGAAAGGCAAGGCUUACUCGGGACGAGCACAUACAUCCCACCCACCGUCGAGUCUCCGCGAUCCAGCGAGGACAGCGACCUUCACCUCCCCGAAGUCACCGGCGACGACGACGACGACAAUGACCGAAGAAGAGUAGAAGAGUUCGACUAUCUAGAUCCCUCACAACCCGACCCCGACCAGCGACAACCUCGCCUAUACCAUCGCUCACGAAUACGCUCCAAAUUCCUCACCAGCAUAGGCGCGACUCUCUCCUCGAUCCGACUCCCCUCCUUCCGAUCGCUAUACUCCCCCCAAUACCGCAUCUCCGCACCCAACGCAGCCCGCCUCUUCGGCCUCUUCACCAUCGCGAUCCUGAUCUUCACCCUCCUCUCCUUCGACGUCUUCCCCGGCGCAGGUCGCUAUCUCGGCGCGCGCUUCGAUCCGGAAUCCGUGCGGAUGUACGUGCAAGAUAAUGUAGACACGGGCAGGAUUGAAGAGUACCUCACACACAUCUCGUCUUUCGAUCACUCAGCGGGCACGGAGGGUGAUCUAUACAUGGCGGAGUGGAUGAAAGAGAAGUGGAUCAAGGAAGGCGGGCUGGACGAUGUGCGACUGAGCAGUUAUUAUAUCUAUGCGACAUAUCCGACGACGGACGGGAGAGCGGUGAGGAUUGUGAGUCCUGAGAGUGCCAAGUGGAGUGCGGUGCUUGAGGAGGAGAGGGUGGAUGCGAAUGUUGGAAGGCAGCAGACGUUGGUAUGGCAGGCGUAUAGUGAGAGUGGGACACCCGAGGGACAUCUCAUCUUUGCCAAUGGAGGGAGCGAGGAGGAUUUUGCGUGGUUGCAGGAGCAAGGCGUGGUGUUGAACGGGAGCAUUGCCUUGAUGCGGUUUGGUGGGUCGCAGAAGAAUGUCGUGGCGAAGAUCGGGGCUGCUGCACAAGCGGGAUGUAUUGGAGCACUACUUUACUCGGAUCCGAGGGACGAUGGAUCAGCGAGAGGACCCGUCUGGCCGGAUGGACCGUGGAGACCAGACGACUCAGUACAGCGAGGAAGCGUCGCCCUCACGGACCGCGUUCUUGGAGAUCCAUUCACGCCUGGGUACGCGAGUACGCUCAAUGCGGAGCACACGGUAAAGGACAACUACCCCGCACUGGUUCAGAUACCAUCAUUGCCACUCUCCUGGCGAGACGCAAAAGUCCUGAUCAACUCCUUGAAAAAUCACGGCAAGGAAGUGCCCAAAGAAUGGAUCGGCGGAGACCCUGACUUCUCCAAACAAUGGUUCUCCGGCGGCAACCUCUCCGACGCACCAAUCGUCCACCUCAAAAACGUCUUCGAAUUCAGCGACAAACAACAAAUCUGGAACCUCCACGGCACUCUCAAAGGCGUCGAAGAACCCGAGAAAAAAGUCCUCGUAGGCAACCACCGCGACGCAUGGUGUUUCGGUGCCGCCGACCCAGGAAGCGGCAGCGCAGUACUGAUGGAGAUCGUCAACAUCUUCGGCCAACUCCGCAGUCUCGGCUGGCGACCUCUACGAACCAUCGAGUUCGUCAGCUGGGACGCGAAAGAAUUCAAUCUCGCGGGGAGCACAGAGUACGUCGAAGACAACACCGAUGCUCUCCGCAAAGACGCCAUCUCAUACCUAAACGUGGAUGUCGGGGUCGCCGGUCUAGAACCCCAAUUCGCAGCCUCCGGCUCACCAAUGUGGACCCGCGCUCUACUCCACGUCCUCGACCGCGUCAACGCCCCGGGACAAAACGAUUCCCUCCGGAAAUUCUGGGACGAGACGCAAUCCCGCCUCACCUCCUCCUCCUCCACAUUCACCGACAUCCUUCCCUUCCAACACAUCGCCGGAACCUCGUCCCUCGACUUCGGUUUCUCCUCCCCCCAACCGUACCCCAAAGGUUCCUGCUACGACACCCUCGAAUGGGUCAAAAAGUUCGGCGACCCGGACAUGUCUUCCCACCGGACAUUAGCUCAAAUCUGGGCUUUGCUCAUCCUCGAAGUCGCGGAUCGACCCAUCCUCCCUUACGACCUACGCGCGUACGCGGAGAAAGUCCGAGGGGAGUACAUCGACCGCUUGACCUCCUUCGUGGAAGCACAAGCCCUCGAGUCCGCUGGUAAAAGCGAAGGCUUCGAUCUCACGCCUUUGGUCGCCGCCGCGGAUGCGUUUGUGGAGGCGGCGAACGUCUUCUCGCAUUUCGAAGACAUCUGGACAGCCAACGUCCUCGGUUCCGGCGGCCUCGAGUCUUCCUCCUACCUACAGCGAAGAGUAGAGUACAACGACGCCCUCUCCACCUUCGAGUCCGACCUCCUCGAUAUAGACAGGAAAUUGUACACCCCCGACGGGAAGAGAGAUAGGAAAAAGGAGAAGAAAGUGAGGGAGAUGGGGUUUGGGGUUAAAGGGCGGGAGCAAUUUCGACAUGUCAUCUUCGGCGUAGGAGGAAAUGGGGAGGAGGUGGUGUUUCCGGCGGUUUGGGAUGCGGUGGAGAGGGGGGAGUGGGAAGAGGCGCAGAGGUGGGUGGGGAGGGUGGCGGAUGUGCUGGGGAGGGCGGUUGGGGGGUUGAAGUUUGAGUGA